GGAUACGCCGGGGUCUGACUACAUGCUGCUGGCAGCAAAGGAGGAUGUCCUAUGGCAAAUCGCUCAAUUUGAGCCAAAAUGCAUUUCUCGCGCCCCCUGAGGCUGAGCUCGACGCACCGGAAAGCGAGUAUUCUUACAAACAGACCAGACGCACCACCAAUGUUUAUGAUGCUGUUGCUGGCCGGGUCAACCGCAAAGGGCACCACCCAGCAGAGGCCAUUGCCUCUCGCUACCGCGACACUGCCUCGUCUGGAGCCCGGACUCUCCGACCAGAGGAGGUUCUGUUUCGAACACAGAACACCGUGACGGAUCCCAAGGAAGAAGAGAACUACUUUGCACACGAAAAUAUACGACCUGACAUUACCCUCCCGAGCUCCGAGAUACUCGAAGCUAUCCACGCCUACGCCGCUGACUUUUACGAGUUCGCAACGGAAGAUCACGGCCUUCACGAUCACCAUAGUAUGGACGAGACAGCCUUGAUCGCAAUGGGAAUUCUCGUGGAGGAAAUGGCCAAAGAGGCUCUCGGGGAGACGGGAGAUCUGGUGCUGGUGGAAGGCGAAGAGCUGGCCGCCGGCGCCGACGAGACGGGAGCCGAAACCGACACCACCAACGCCUCCCAGUCCCGAGAACGUGUUCGGAGAAGGAAGAGAGCAAAUACCGGCGCGAAUAGCAUGGUUAGCUCGCAGGACAAUCUCAAGGGAGUGCGGCAAAAGUUCAAGCGGCGGAAAUUGAAGCGCGGAGCUUCCACUACGGAUGCGGACACGGAACUUGAUGAACGAUGAUUCAAAUGAGUCUAGCGCCUGGUGUUCUGGCGCUUGCUAUUAUCCAUUGAUCGGAAAUUAUUGGGUACUCGUUCGUCAUCAGAUGGUGUGUCAUACAACAUUGUGAUUGCGGCCAGGUGAUCUGGCAUAUGCAUGAAAGCUGUGCUGUUCCGACACAGCCACCUUGGGCUUGCAGAAAUUGCGCCAUUCAGAUACCAUGUCAAUCACUGCCAGCACGAAUCAUGCCGGGGUAGAGACGUGCGGUCCAACGGGCCCGAGAGGGGUCCUCGCAGUCUCACGUCAGCGGAAAGAAGCUUAAGGUUGUCCAACCUGAAGCGACGACUUCCGAGAGGCGGGAGUUGACCGGUAUCCUAUCCAUUUGCGAUAUUGAUUGCGGCAAUCAAUGCGGCUUGAUCGUCUUUUUGGAUUUAUCGCCAUUCCGACUGGUUAGCGCCCUAUGAGGUGAUGUGGCGUCGAUAGCUUCACAGGACUUCAUCGAUACCAUCGAGUGUUGGCGGAGAGCAUUUCGCGAAAGGUUCGACUGGAAACAUAAAAGUCUUCUUGCGCUUUUAGUUACUGGCCCUUCCCCAGGAUGGGCAUCUUUGAUUAAAUAUGAGACUUUCUCAUGGGCGGUCAUAUGUGCUCACGUGUCUGCUAUACAUACCCUGUUGUCAGCAAUCAGUGAAAUGUACUUUACAUCUUCACACCAGUCUAGCUAUCGGUAGACACUAAAUCAAUUGAUUCA